UGCUGUGUUGUGGAUGGUCCAGAGAGCGUGCAUAAUAUGGUGAGAAUUACGCGCGAGUAGACUCCAGAUAGAGAAAUCUUCAAAAUCUCAAAAAGGGACAUUUCAGAGUCUCUGUUGAAUAUAGCUGUGGAAUGGAUUUACAGCCAGUAGAAAGGUGAUGCGGGUAGAACACCCUAUUGGAAAGCGACUGUCAACUUUGCCUGUAGGUGUUCAAAGCUAACACCAUGCCAUAAGGAACUGUGUGCUACAACAAUUUUACUGUGGGCUGGAACUAUUAUUUUGGGCUGGAAAGAGGACCCUCUCCACUUUCAACAUGCUGAUAGCUAACAAUAGCAUUUUCAGAGAGCUCUUCCAAUGUCUCUGGCCGAUAGCAGGCCUCAGAACUCCUCAGUCAGUGGAAUAGUCCUUAAUUAGGAACAACAAACGCACUACACCUGCAUCUGCUCUACAUAAACACAUAUAUUGGACACAUCAAGCUGCCGUGCAGAAGCUCAAGCCGGCAGCUGGCAGCUGGCACCUCUGCAUGUGUGCACCUGUGUGUGUAUGUAUCCCAGUCUGCAUGUGUAUGUGAGCGUGCGCCACCUUGGAUCCUCCUUGGAGCCGCACACAGCCCGGGCGCCCAGCCUUCGGCCCGGAGAUGCUGCAGACCAACAACUACUCCCUGGUGCUGCUGAUCCAGUUGAGCCUGUUGACCUUUGACCUGUUCGUCAACUCCUUCAGCGAGCUGCUGAGGGCCGCGCCCGUCGUCCAGCUGGUGCUCUUCAUUAUCCAGGACAUAGCCAUCCUGUUUAACCUGAUCAUCAUUCUGCUGAUGCUGUUCAACACCUACGUGUUCCAGGUGGGCCUGGUGUCCUUGCUGCUGGAACGCUUCAGGGCCCUGCUGCUGCUCUCUGCCCUCUAUCUGACCCUGAGCAUCUCCCUACACUCCUGGAUCAUGAAUCUACGCUGGCUAAAAUCGAACCGCUAUGUGUGGACUGAUGGUCUCCAAGUGAUUUUUGUCUUCCAAAGAAUAGCGUCCGUGUUGUACUACUACUUCUACAAGCGCACCACAGAGUACCUGGGUGACCCUCGGCUCUAUGAAGACUCGCCUUGGCUCAGAGAUGCCUUUGCCAAUGCCAGGGCCCGCCAGUGAGCAAAGAGCAGUGUGUGGAGAUGAAACUGGUAUGGACAGAUCCAAAAUAGACCCCUCCCCGUCCCCCGGACACAGAGAGACACUGCUACGUGCAGAGCUGAAAUAGACGCUACAGUGCACAGUCCUGAGCUUAUAUGGAGGGAAGAACCAGAGGGAAGACCUCUGUGCUCUAUCAGACAUGGGUAAACUUUAACAAGGAGGGUGAAAAAUUAGAUUCUGCUUGGAUACAGCAAGCCACUUGUACUGUAAGAGGCAAACUGGUUUAGGGCCUUGAUUAAUGGACAGAAUGUUAUACCAAGAUGACUGUGAUGCUAAAAUGUGGGAACUCAUAGUUUGAUGUAACAUUGACACAACAAGUAGUAUUUUUUUUCACACUUUGAAACCUUGUGACUGGGUUUGUCUGUGUUAUUUAGUUAUCAAUGCAAUUAUUGUCUUUGUUGUUUUUUAUGUGGGAUGAUUUGUGAGUUUGUGUGCCAGAUUUUCUUGUGAAGUUGACUGGAAAGAAAAACAAUGUUUUAUGUGUUUAAAAUGCUUACUUUUGUCCUGCUUUUUGUACAAAUGUAUUAAACGAAACCCAGACGAUGCACACACUGA